AGAAAGAAAUUCUGUUAGCGGACGUGGAGACGAUCCUCAUUUAGACCAGUGGGUGCCUUAUUGUCGGAUAGGCUCUGGUGAGCGAGAACUACAGCUUCAAAACCUGGAACAGAAAAGACGAAGAUCUAUUGUUUGAAGUUUGAAGUUUUUGAAAUUGUAUUUAUUCCACAUUUUACACCGAGUAUUGGCACAGAAGUACAGGGCCAUUUGCAAAGCGCAGUUGAGAUAAACAACGAAGCUUCUACACCCACAACAAAAAGAGACUCGAAUCAGUGAAUUUCAAGAUGCGUCAGACCCUCAUCAUCCUUCUCGUCCUCGCAAUCGUCGGGGCUGCCUUGGUCGAUGCAAGCAAGGCUGAUUUUCAACGUCGAGGCAUGGAACAGUCCAAGAAGAUUAGGGGCGGAAUGGAGCGAGUGAAAUCCUUCGGUAACACAUGGAGGGUCGAUGACGAGGCCGAAAGAGGGCGUCGCGCCAUCGGCAACGGAUGGAGGGUCCAGGAAGAGGCUAGAAGAGGGCGUCGUGCUGGAAUGAAGAACCUUCGAGAGAAGGUCAACGAACUGCAGAGCCCUAAUAGCGCUAAAGAGAUGUUCAAGCUUCGGACCAAGAAGGCUGCUGGGAAAGCCAAGUUGUCUAGGCGGCCAGUAGGCCCAAAUUAAGUUCCCAAAUUAAUUUCCGUAAUGACCGACCGAGAGAUGAAUCCAACAUGAAGAGGGCGUUUUAGAAGCGACCAUAAACCUGUAUAGGAGUAUAAAUUGGUUCCGGGGUUCUGUGAAAAAAAUUAGUUUGAGUUAUUAAGUACCCGUAUGUAUGUCUUUCUGCUGAAAUGUUAGUGUCUUUGCUUCGUUACAGAUAUGGUAUCGAUGGCGUGGGGGGGGGGGGGGCUCAAAAUGUUACCACAAUUUUGUUUUCGAUGUUUUCAUUUUGCAAGCAUUCAACUCUUAUACUUUAGUCGUUUUUUAUGAACCUAGUUUUUUUGGAGAAUUUUUUUAUUUUAUUGGAAUGUAAAUGUAAAUCACAAAUAAAAAUAAGUCAAAUCUUGGUCAUCUUGUAAUCGUGCCUUUGGUGAUAUGUUGAUUGAUGAGAUAGACUAAGUAGAGCAGAUAAACC